CAAUCAUUGCCUUCCUCUAAAAAAACAACUACAGAGAAAAUACCUCUCUCUCUACAAACAGGUUUAUUUUGGAGGUUUGUCAAGACUGUGCCUCUGACGCUGUGCCAUCUAGCUCUUGUCAGAUAUGAAGAUUGCCUCCUUCAACAUACAGAGGUUUGGACUGGCUAAAGUCUCAGAUUCAGAUGUCCUGUCAACUCUCGUUAAGAUUGUGUCUCGAUACGACAUCAUAGUGAUCAUAGAGGUGGUGGAUGUGAGCGGAGCUUCGGUUCGACUCUUGUUGAAAGAACUGAACAAAGUCAACACAACCCAUCACUACGCUCUGCAGCUUAGUACCCGCCUAGGGAGGAACAGAUACAAGGAACAGUUUUUAUUUCUGUACAGGGACGAUGUCGUCGACCUGAUCGACCGCUAUCAAUAUGAAGACAACCAGGAGAACGACGUGGAUGCUUUUGCAAGAGAGCCGUAUAUUCUCCACUUCAAACCACACAACACAGUGCUGCAGGAUAUAGUGCUGAUCCCGGUCCACACCAAACCAUGGGACUCAGAGAGAGAGCUGGAUGAGCUGUACGAGGUCUUCCUGGUGGUCAAAGACAAAUGGAAAACUGAUAACAUAAUGAUCCUGGGGGAUUUCAAUGCAGAUGGUGCAUAUGUCACCCCUAACGAGAUGAAGGAGAUUCGUAUUCGCAGUGACAAGAAUUUCCACUGGCUGAUUGGUGAUGACGUGGACACCAUGGCAAAAACAUCGACCGACCACACCUACGACCGGAUUGUGGUGUAUGGAGAAGAUAUGCUGGCAGCCUUUGUGCCAAACUCAGCCAAGCCAUUCAAUUUCCACAAAGAGUUUGCUAUGACAGAAGAAAUGGCCCUGAGAGUGAGCGACCACUACCCUGUUGAGGUAGAGUUACGUAAGGCUCCUCCUUUCUGGGUGACAAACAGUCACGAAAGCCGUGCCAUUGUUGAUGCAAAGCGAGCAUCAGGUAACAGAGCUGUCACAGAGAGUCUGCAGGUUGACGUGUUGAAACUACAAAAGGAAAACCUCCUGCUAGAGCGGGAAAAACUUCAACUUCAGAUCUCCUUAUUAAAAGAGCGGCUUGCCAAACUGAAAGAAGACUAGAAGAUCUCAAACGCGACAAGUUUUGCCUAGCUGUUUUUCAUUUCAUCAUCAUUUGUGUAAUUUAUAUUGCAAAAAUAAAUAAAUAACGGUUUCAUACA